AUGACCACUCCUUCAGACAAAAGACUGCAGGUUUCUCGACCAGCGGAACCGCUCCAUCAAGCUACCAGCUACAGGGACUGGCUGAGACCUGAGGCACUCGAAUACCAGGGCCUGCUUUUGGAGAGAAGAGCUUCCUGGAAAGACUGCCAGGAGGCAGUCGACCAGUCAGCCAACAGAGGUGAGUUCGGUGCAGAGGAGGAGAUCUCUCGUCGAGUCACCAACGGACCCAACUUCUUGGGGGACCUGGGCAAGGUUGCGGAGGAAGUCGUCGAGAAGGUCACGCUGCCCGAAGAUGUGCGCGCAGCCGUGAGGAAAGAUUUCUGCGAGCUCGGAGAUGUCAUCUGCAAGCUCUGCCCCUGGAGCAACAGGUUUGACUUCAAGCUCGAAAUUAUUGGAGAGCGGUCCUGCAGCAGAUGGCAUCGGGACAACUACGCCGCAAGGGCCAUCAUCUCCUACAACUCAGCGGGCACGAUGUACACAGCAGAUGAGAACGUGGAUUUCUGGGAGCUAGAGAACUGCGGCAACAAUGCCUGCAUCAUUAAGGAUAAUUCGCAAAUUCGAUCGGUGAACGUCGGGGACGUGCUCCUCAUGAAAGGCCAGAAGUUCCCCGAAGGUGCAACGGGCUUAGUGCACAAGUCGGCAGAGGUUCAGUACCACCAAGAUGGCUCGGUAGUGAACCGGCUGGUGCUGAAAGUGGACGUUCCGGGGCCCGAGCUCUAA